GCAGCACUUUUCCCUCUGAUGGAAGAAGGAAGUCUCUGAAUACGUCUCAAUGAGCUUUUACUUUGAAGGUUGAAACCGAAAGUAAAACUUUCUUGUUACAGCUGGAAAGUUAGAGCCGUGUGAUUGUUUUGGGUGUCGGGUGGAGCAGAGUUGGUUAUAGUCUCUGUCACAGGAGGAUGAAGAGCCUCGUGUCCUUCCUGCUGCUUGUGCACGUGGUGGUCUGGGACCCUGGUGAGUUCAACAUCCCAACAGUCCACAUGCGUGUGCAGAGCAGAGAUGAUAUUCUGAAUGAUCAGAACCAUCGUUACACCAACCGAACAUCGAUGAAAGCCGACGCCCUGCAGACAGGAGAGCUCAGCCUCACCCUGAGGAACCCUACAGUCUCUGAUGGUGGAACCUACACCUGCAUCGUCCGCAAAUAUGGACAAGAUCAGAGCAAGACCAAUGUGCAACUGAAGGUCAAAGACAGCCAGGUAUUGAUGGUGGAGAUUUCAGAGGGAGAGAAAACGUCUGUCCUGCUGCCCUUUAAAACCACAGAGGAUCUUCCCCAGGACGCCACAGUGGAGUGGAGACUCACUGAACCCAAACACAUGCAGGUCCACGUGUAUGACAGUGGAAAAAAUCAGCCGGACAAACAGGACGAGGUGUACCAAGGCCGCACAGAGAUGAAGGAAGAGCCACUGAGAGAUAAAGACCUCAGUCUGAAACUAAAGGAGCCCCGUGUUACUGACACCGGAGUCUACACCUGCACCGUCAGCAGCAAGGAUGGAAACCUUCUUCAGAAAGUGGUGUCUCUCACUGUCAGAGAGAGCCAGAUGGAGACAGUGGAAGUGACAGAAUGGAACAAAUCUGUCCUGCUGCCCUUUAAAACCAAAGAUGACCUUUCUCAGGAUGCCACAGUGGAGUGGAGACACUCAGACUCCAAACACAGGAAAGUUCACACGUUUCAGAGCAGCCAGCACAUUUCAGGUGACCAGGACGAGGUUUACAGAGGUCGCACAGAGAUGAACGAAGAGGCACUGAGAAUCGGAGACCUCAGUCUGACCCUGAAAGAACUCGGCAUCACUGACAGUGGAGUCUACACCUGCAUCGUCUCCACGCAUGGAAAAGUCCUGAAACAGAAAGUGGUGGUGCUCAGUGUCAGAGUCUACAAGCUUCAGACAGUGGAGGUGACACCAGGGGUGAAGCGUGUUCUGCUUCCCUUCAAAACCACAGCUGACCUGCUUGAGGACGUCAGAGUGGAGACGUUCAGACCUUGAAGAUGUGAAGGUCCUCAUGUAUGAGAACAGCCAAAACAAGCAUGAAGAGCAACACCAGGACUAUCAAGGCCGCACUGAGAUGAAUGAAGAGCUACUGAGAACCGGAGACCUCAGUCUGAUCCUGAAUUUCCCUCGACUUACUGACAGUGGAGUCUACACCUGCACCGUCUACAAAAAAGAUGGAGCCAUCCUGAAACAGAAAGUAGUGAUACUCAGUAUCAGAGGUUACAAGGUGGAAAUAGUCAAAGUAACAAAAGGGAAGAAGUCUGUGCUGCUGCCCUUUAAAACCACUCUUGAUUUACCCGAUGAUGUCACAAUCGAGUGGAGACGUGGUGAUUCCAGAGACACAGUCCACACCUAUCAGCACGGCCAAAACCAGCUAGAAGAACAGGGACCGGAUUACAGAGGUCGCACAGAGAUGAAUGAAGAGCCUCUGAGGACUGGAGACCUCAGUCUGACCCUGAAAGACCCCCAAAACACCCACAGUGGUUUCUACAUGUGCACAGUCUCCCAGGGUGAAGACAUCCUGAGACAGGAGUGACGCUUACUGUCAGAGG